AUGGGGCCCAUGGGCCAGCAGCGAUGGCCGCCAGGCGGCCGGGACGGACCGCCCGGCGGGCAGAUGGGGCCACUGCCCAGAGCCAGCAACCAGACAGAUGGACCCUUUGCCGGCCAACAGGGCGGCCCGUUGCAGGGUCAGUGGGCGAUGCAGCGUUGGCAGGUGGGUCAGCUGCCGGGCGCGCAGAACAUGACAGGCGGAGCGCUUGCAGGAGGCCCGCUGAGGGGCAGGAUGCAGGGCCCGCCCAUGGGGCCGUGGCAGCGUCCUGUCAGCGGCCAGCAGCAGGGCGGCCUGCCCAGCGGCCAGCAAGGCGCCCUCAUGGCGCCGCCCCAAGACGGCUUACAGGGCGGGCCCGCAGGGGCCAUGAGACCUUUCCGGUUUGGGCAGCAGUUCACGCAGGGCGGCGCGGGCGCGUAA